AUGGCUUAUGCCUCUAUCGCCCAAGCGGACCACGAUGCCUUCGCUGGUGACUCGCCCUUGAAUUCACCUGCCAUCCCCGGACGACCCAGCCCUCCGCUAUCACUCCCCGACGAUGCCCUCUCCGAAGCUGGUGAUCAAUCCACGAGGUCACAGGCUGGAACUCACGCUGCAGGCGUUGGUUCUCUCCUCAAAUCCAUCAGCUCGACCCCCUCGUAUGAGAUGGUGGAGGGUGACGACUACGAGGAACCAAUGCCGACCCCUCGAGGGCUUGGAUUGAAAAUGGAGGACCCUGCUGCACAACACGAGGAUACCAUCACGUUCCAGUCGGAAGAGCCGCCAAUGAGGACCGCGUCCAUCAGUCGACAUCUCCCCCUGAACCACCCUACCCCGGAUCUACACGCGCUGCAAGGGGCUUUGGUCAAGAAUGUGGAGCGGUUGGAAGAGAGCGCUGAACGUCUGAGCAUGACUUCAAGCCUGGAAGACGAGCUGAACAAGAUGCGGCAAGAUCAAAAGCGGUUGGAACGCCAGUCGUCCGCACCGGCGAGCUUGGACAAUGUUCUUCGUCCGCCGCUGCAAAGACAGUUCUCGGCUGGCUCCUGGUCGAAUUCCAUCAUUGGUCUAAAUCAUGCAGCCAGAACAGGUGGUUACUCGCCCUCGGGAUACAUUACAUCUCCAACAGGUUCGAUCCGAUCCGGCUUGUGGUCUCACCAACAACAGCUAGAGAGACAUUCUUCCAAAGGCAGCGACCGCGAACAUGCAUUACCCGGACCUCCUUUGGAGGGUCGCCCUCUGGAUUUGACCUCCAACCGCCAUGCAACCUCAUCCAUACACCUUCAACAAGGAGCCGCGACAGCAUCACGUGAAUCCCCCGGCGAUGCCGUCCAAGAUUCAAGACCAGCCACCGCUGCCUCGAAUGAUACUUAUCGUCAAGAACUAUCAGCGUUUGACGAUUUUGAUGGUGUCCAUUACGGCUCAGGUGUGUCCCACGAGCCAGCCGGUUCUAAGUCGCGGCAGAUCCCUCUUAAACAUCCUCCCCUGGCUAGAGAUUCGAGAGCAUACAAGGAGGCACAGCCUGGAGAACAGAUGAUCUACUAUCCGGCCCCGGUACCUGUCAUGCUCAAUCUGCCGCAGCGACUCUCCAAAGCGAAUCUUUCGGAGCGAGAAAAGCGUCGAAUACAGGCUCUCAGUGGCAUCUCACAUGACAUGCGCAAUUCGGCUGCGUGGCUUGCAGACAUGAAUGGCGCCAACACCCAGGGGCCGAGAUCGUCCCUGAAUCUCCCCUCGCACCUUCGUGCCAGUGCCUUCUUCGAGUAUCCAAGUGUCACGGAAGACUUGCAGUUGAAAAAUGGUUCCGCCGUCCAAACCCUCGAUAGCAUUUUGGAUGCUGCUGCUUACGCUCCUGUGAGCGCCUUCACGGAUCACCCAAUUGCCGGACAGGUUGGAAAGGAGGUCUAUGGUCGAAGCGAUUCACCCCGAAAGAGCACUCAACUUUCGGGUGACAAGGCAAAGAAACGCCGGAGCUCGUUGAGUACGCUGCUGAAAACCAGACGAUCUAGUGCUGGCCUGUCCGAAACCGGGCUCCAUCGAAGAAAGUCCAGAGACUCGAAAGCUUUAGGAGGCGGCGAUGAAUAUGCCAGCGGAGAUGAGUUGGAUCAGGCUGCCGCAGAGUCUAUUGCUCCGGACGCUGAUGAAUUUGGAGGGACCGAUGACAACGAAGACGCCGAGGCCGCUGUUCCGUCCGGAUUCUCUGCCGCGCCGACUACCUUGCUCGCGGAACUGCAGAUGCGCAAAGAACAGCAGAGACAACGUAAUCGUACUGCGGCCGAUGCCUUCCCUCGUGGAAUGCAUUCAACCCUGCUUGAGCUAGACGCCGUAACUCAGCUUCAGCAGAAAGCUCGUAAGACGAAACAUGUCACAUUGGCCUGGGAGGAUCAUGAGGAGGCGGACAAGCAGAACUUCGACGAUGAGGAUACGCCUCUUGGCCUCCUCUUUCCGGAGAAGGACAGAGCCAACCACGUCAACGUCAAUCGGCCCAUUGGUUUGAUAGAAAGGCGGGAGAUGGAAGACAAUGAGCCGCUCAGUCAACGACGGGCGAGAUUGCGAGGCGAGCCCUUGCAGUCGCUGAAAUCGGAGACUAGAAGCCAGGCCGACGAGGCCACCCGUGCUCCUUUCAUCGACGAUGUUCCAGGGCUGUCAGAAGCGGCCCUUCCAGAAAAUGAAGGGGAGACCUUGGCCCAACGCGCCGCAAGACUGAAGCUGGAGAAGGAAAAGGACGCGGGGGGACAAUUUGCAGAGGAGGUGGCGAGUCAACUAGGCCUCCAGGUCGAACCUCAUGCUCCACAAUCCAAGACACCAGACGGGGAGGAAACUUUGGCGCAAAGACGAAAAAGGCUCAAAGACGAAGCCGCUCGACGUGGCGCCCAGCCUGAUGGGAGAAAGCAAGUCCGGUCUGUGCACAGUCUGGCCGAUAUACUGCAAGCUCACCCUGUAGGGGUUCGGUCCAGAGAGGUUUCCAACGAGUCCAAAACGCCACAACGACUGAACGCGCAGCCACAAGGGCCAUUCUUGCAAGUCAAUCCCUCGUUUCCGCCGGUCAACUCGUACCAAAGUCACCCUUUCCCACACGCGUCUAAUUGGGGGAGCGCUCUUGCGAACGGUGUAUAUGGCAAUGCUUACAUGAACGGAGCGAUCAAUGGUGCGCAGCCUCCUUUGUAUGGCACUCCGAUCCCCAUGCACAUGCAGCAACCAAUGGCUUUUUACCCCUACGGCUAUGGCAAUCAACCCUAUAUGCAGGAUCCGAUGAUGGGUCCGCCCCUUGACCCAAAGCAAAGGGCACAGAUUGACCUAUGGCGCCAAAGCAUUGGCGAGUGA